CCUCACGGACAUAAACGGAGCUUGCGGAUGACGGAAUGACGCCAAGGGAGGCGCCCUGCGUCCGCCUGCCCAGGAGCUUCCGCCUCACGCGCCGUACGGAAGCGUGUAUAGCGUACCGGAAGCCGCCUGAAGAGAGCGAUGGCGGGUUUGACUGUGAGGGACCCUGCGGUGGAUCGUUCACUACGUUCUGUGUUCGUGGGGAACAUUCCUUAUGAAGCUACUGAAGAACAGUUAAAAGACAUCUUUUCUGAGGUUGGACCUGUUGUUAGUUUCAGGUUGGUGUAUGACAGAGAGACAGGAAAACCAAAGGGUUAUGGCUUCUGUGAAUACCAAGACCAGGAGACGGCCCUUAGUGCCAUGCGGAACCUGAAUGGGCGUGAGUUUAGUGGUAGAGCACUUCGAGUGGAUAAUGCUGCUAGUGAGAAGAACAAAGAAGAGCUGAAGAGCCUUGGCACUGGUGCCCCUGUCAUUGAGUCACCUUAUGGAGAGACCAUCAGUCCUGAGGAUGCCCCUGAGUCCAUUAGCAAAGCAGUUGCCAGUCUUCCACCAGAACAGAUGUUUGAGCUGAUGAAACAAAUGAAGCUUUGUGUCCAGAAUAGUCCUCAGGAAGCACGGAACAUGUUGCUUCAGAACCCUCAACUGGCUUAUGCCUUGCUCCAGGCACAGGUGGUGAUGAGAAUUGUGGAUCCAGAGAUUGCCCUGAAAAUUUUGCAUCGCCAGACAAAUAUCCCAACACUGAUUGCAGGCAACCCUCAGCCAGUCCAUGGCGCUGGGCCUGGCCCAGGAUCCAACGUGUCAAUGAACCAGCAAAAUCCUCAGGCUCCUCCGGCCCAGUCUUUGGGUGGAAUGCAUGUCAAUGGCGCACCUCCUCUGAUGCAAGCUUCUAUGCAGGGUGGAGUUCCAGCACCAGGGCAAAUACCAACUGCUGUAACAGGACCUGGCCCUGGUUCCUUACCUCCCGGAGGGGGAAUGCAGGCCCAAGUUGGAAUACCAGGAAGUGGACCAGUGUCCUUGGAGCGAGGACAAGUGCCAAUGCAAGACCCCAGAGCAGCUCUGCAGCGUGGACCCUUGCCUGCCAAUGUUCCAACUCCUCGAGGUCUGUUAGGAGAUGCUCCAAAUGACCCACGUGGAGGCACUUUACUUACUGUAACUGGAGAGGUUGAGCCUAGAGGUUACUUGGGACCACCCCAUCAGGGUCCACCCAUGCACCAUGUCCCUGGCCAUGACAACCGUGGCCCACCCCCACAUGAGAUGAGGGGAGGUCCAUUAACGGAGCCCAGGCCUUUAAUGGCAGAGCCAAGAGGACCCAUGAUGGAUCAGAGGGGUCCACCCUUAGAUGGCAGAGGUGGACGAGAUCCCCGAGGAAUGGAUGCACGAGGGAUGGAGGCACGAGCCAUGGAGGCAAGAGGAUUGGAGGCCCGUGCGAUGGAGGCCCGUGCAAUGGAGGCCCGUGCGAUGGAGGCCCGUGCGAUGGAGGCCCGUGUGAUGGAAGUCAGAGGAAUGGAAGCCAGAGGCUUGGAUACAAGGGGCCCAGUCCCUGGCCCUAGAGGCCCUAUGCCCGGUGGAAUCCAGGGUCCUGGGCCAAUUAACAUGGGGGCCGUUGGUCCCCAGGGGUCUAGACAGGUCCCAGUCAUGCAGGGAGCAGGCAUGCAAGCCACGGGCAUGCAAGCCGCGGGCAUGCAAGCCGCGGGCAUGCAAGCCGCGAGCAUGCAAGCCGCGGGCAUGCAAGCCGCAGGCAUGCAAGGAGCAGGCAUGCAGAGUGGAGGCCAGCCUGGUGGCUUUAGUCCUGGGCAGAACCAAGUUACUCCACAGGAUCAUGAGAAGGCUGCUUUGAUUAUGCAGGUUCUUCAACUGACUGCAGACCAGAUUGCCAUGCUGCCUCCUGAACAAAGGCAGAGUAUCCUGAUCUUAAAAGAACAAAUACAGAAAUCUACUGGAGCGCCUUGAAAGGUUUUCAAAAUACCUGGCAACAAAUCUGGAAAAUUUUUCCGUAACUCUGUUGAAAUGUUGAAAAGAUGACUUCUACAUCCUCCCCCUUGAACGGCUCAGAUUGGUGCCAGGUGGAGGACUCGCAUCACCUCUCAAAGCAAAAUCACUUCAUUUCUGUUGUCUUAGUUUGUAUAUUUUCUGUGACUUGAAAUAAACUUUGAACAUAAUUUUAGUACCCUGCAAAUUGAUAUACAUGACCUUUUUGCUUUUAAAAAGCUGUGAAGACCAAGGGAGAAACCUUAGACUUGUUUCCUACCCUUACCACAGUAUUGUACUUUAAUGUUAUAUUGCCAUAGCUCUGCUUUUACUUUUAAGUUAACCAUUUGUUCUUACGAUGAAAGUAUUUGAGAAUCUCAGAAGCAGUGUUUUCUGGAACUUUGUUUUUGUUUAGUUUGCAUUCAACGGGAGUAAUAAGGCUUUGCCCUUUGAGAACUUUCUAGAACUUCCUUAUGAGUCUCCUGGGAAAAAAUAGCAAGUUCUUAGAGAUGUGAAAUGGUCAGACGGCAAAUAAACAAAGCCUAGCAGAGCAGAGUGUUUAGAAAAAUCCAAAUAUCAAAAUGCAUUUUUAUGUCGAUAGUAGAUCUGCUCACACAUACAGUUCAGAGUUAAGGCAAAGACAUGUUAGUACUGGAUUGAGUGUGUGCCAGCAUAUAAGAGACUGUUGACAUUUAUUCAUCUGUUCUAAAACUCAAAAAAAGCCACUAAUUUUUCACGUGUUCAAGAUAAAAACUGAACAGAAAUAAAUGAACAAAGUACAUUUCAUCCAAUCUUUCAGGUAGUCACUAACCUACAAUUUACCUUAUAAGCAUAUUUAUUCUGGUAAAACAUAGCAAACCCUAAAAUGUCUAUAUUCUCAUUUAUUUUAAGAGGACCAGAUGUAGAGCACAAGCAGUCAGAUUACCGUUAAGUCUGUCCCUGCCUACUUACUUGUAGACAGGCAUGAGCAUAGGUAGUGCCACUGGCUCUAACCUAUGGGUCUUCCAGCCUAGUGUUUUCUCUCUCAUAGUGGCAUUAAAGGGAAACAUGGUUUCUCUCCAUCAGGCCAACCUCAAGAGGUUGAGAGUUGCCUUAAUAAGUAGUAAAGUUCUACUGGAACUACUCAUAAGCCUAUUUGUAUUCUCAGAAUCCUACCCCUGGGUUAGGAUUGUGGUCAGGUGAAUUAAAAGCCUGACGUAGGCUUAGAGAAUGUAAUAGCAUAUUGCUUACAUGCAAAGCAAAAGAAUACAAAGAUAAUCAACUUCAUGAGCGACAUUGAAAUUGAGGGAUUUUCUACUCUGAUACAAACAUUUACAAAAAAAAUUUGCUGGAUACGGUAUUUCAUAUUACAACCUAAAAAGGAAAAUUUCGUUAAAACAGCUGAGGAGCUUUGUGAGUAUCCUGAUCAUCCCCAAGUCAGGAUGUUGAUUUAUUAUUAUCAUUACCUUUUCUGCCUAGUUCCAUCAAUAUUCAGACCUUGGUAUGUUGAUUUUGGCAGCAGCCAUAUCUUGAAGUAUAGUAUAUUUAGACCUUGAGAGCGAAGCUUUCCUUAUUAGGAACUCAUAAGUUUCAAGGGAACACUAAGAUUCCAAAUCAAGGUCAUUGAAGAUCCAAUGACAAUUUGAUUAGCAGUUGUCUGAUAGGAAUGAUAGCUUCAAGGUUCCAUUGUGCAUUUUCCUAAAACUGUAUUAAACUUAAUAUAGAUAGCUAAAAUCUGGAUAAACAAAUUGUCAACAGCAGUGGUAUCCCAGUCUUUCCCUAUGAAAACACCAUCAGUACUUUCUACUGAUGUCCGAUUAAUAGACUAAAUACAAUUAGCUACCAUGAGUUCAUGACCUACCUUUGUUGUGUUCAUACUAGUGACUGAAAAAAACAAUAAUCCUUCAAGCCAUAUAAGUUUAUGGAUAAUUAGAAACAACCACUUGUUCAUUCUUGGUCACUUAAGGGUAGAGAAAAAGAUGCUAUAAUGCUAACUCAGUAGAAACAUUCUUAGAAAUCUAUGAGUUGAAUUGUCUUUGAGCACAAUGAAGUAUGGCUUUUCCCCCCUUUUAGGGCCCCAGUCCUCUUUCCUCUUAGUGAUUCACUGUGACUACUGACAUCCCAGGGCAGGUGUGGUUGCUGCAGGCCAAGGGUAGAUAGAUGGUUGAAAUAAAAGGCAUUUUGAAGGGAGAAAGAAAAGUCAUUUUGCUUAUGUCCUUGGGUAAAUGAGUCCUUUGUGAAUAGGUAACCAGAAGCCCCAAAAAAUGUAUUAAAAUUCUAAAUUCUUUACCUUUUAAAAAAACUACUUAUUAAUGCCCUUAAUAAAAAUGUGGCUAAAGAGCCCCUGUUGACUAAAUGAAUCAUCCUAAGAUGGAGUUCAAGUUUUUGCAAUUGUUUCCAGCAGAACGUUACAAACUAAUAGCAACAUAAACAUAUUAAUGUACUUUCAAGAUUUUCUUCCAUAAAUGGAGAGCCCAGAAAAAGUAACAAAAGACUUAUUGAGCAGUUAAGAAAAUCCUUCAUUUUUUGAUGAGCAAAAAUAUUAAAGCAUAAAUUGCUGUUCACACUGGGUAAAACCAUGUUUAAAAUGACAGUAAGAAUGUACAUCGUUGGUGUUAUAUGGGGAUGGGGUUCUUGGUAAUUUUAUGUUCAUCGUUUUGUUAUUUAUGUUUAUUAUGUUUUGUCAUUAAUUAUUCAAUAAAUUUUUAUUUAAAAAGUCACCCUACUUAGAAAUCUUCUGUGA